AUGGACGACCAACAUAGCGAAGACUCACACAGCAGUGAGCAAGCGUCGUGUGCAUGCUGUUUUGAUUUGGAUCCUGUUCUCGUAUCACCAGGAGUUUCCAACGAUGUGGUGGUCGAUCAAAGAGAACUCGUGGUGUUGGUACGCCGGGAAAUUGAACAAUUCAAGACCGCGGCAGAAGUUGGCUGCGAUGCCUGUUCUUUCAUACUCAAAACCCUCGAGUCUCCUGACUUUCAUGCGGAGACAGAAGAGGAGAUCAUUCACCUCAGACUUCCGAUUGGUCAAGGCAAUCCUGAGAUAUUGCUAGGCUCAUCUCAUGCAGAGACACGGAUCUUUGUGCAGAUGUAUACUGAUAACUCUCAAGGAGAACCGUGGAAGCAUGUGCAGCCUUUUCCGGAGAUAUGCGAAGAUCAUUUGUCGGCCCAAGGCUUAGGCUUCAUAAAUGCUUGCUUAAGAACGUGUCUGGAAAGCCAUGAGCAUUGUAGUCAGAAUAUUCCGACUUUACCAACACGUGUCAUCGAUAUUAGCUCCGUUGAACAGGGUUAUGUACGGCUUGUUGAAGCAGAAGAUACCGAGCAUGGAAAAUACACGGCGCUCAGCUAUUGUUGGGGCAGUCAAGCUUCUGUCAAGACUGAAAUCGAGAACAUAGAGAUUAUGAAAUCCGGAAUUGCGGUCAAGGACCUCCCGGCAGCGUAUCAGGAUGCAAUUGCACUCACUCGAGAGCUUGGUAUAGGAUUCAUAUGGAUAGAUGCAUUAUGCAUCAUUCAAAAUUCCCAGGAGGACUGGGAAAGAGAGUGUUCCAAGAUGGCAGAAACAUAUGCUAAUGCCUACCUUACGAUUGCUGCUGCAUCCUCUGCAUCAGUGAUGGAGCAUUUUCUGCGACCGGAUCUCAAGUCGCCACCGCAUACCACGCAAGAACCGCGGGUAAUUCAUAGAGAAUCCAUGCAAAGUGCAAAAGGACCAGUAUUGCUCAAGGCGAGGACCAUGUGGCCAACCGGAGCCCAUUGGAAGUGGCGGGAUGGGGCUGAUGAGCAACGCCAUGUCGAGCCUCUUAGCACGCGAGGCUGGACCUUGCAGGAGAAAGUUCUCUCAACCAGACUUCUCUCUGUAUCCGCAAUGGAAAUGGUAUGGACGUGCAAGGAACGAAUCUUCUGCGAAUGUGGCUCUCUGUUGAAUUACCAUCGUGAGUUUGGCCAGACGCCACUUAGCCAGAUUUCGAAACCUCAUGAAGCGUUCAAUUUCUGGCACAAGGUGGUUGAGAACUACUCGAAAAGAAAGUUAACGCAGGUCGGGGAUAAACUUCCGGCGAUAUCUGCCAUAGCUGCCAUUAUACAACACAGAACAGGCUCGGACUAUGUUGCUGGACUGUGGCGAGAUAAUGUCGAUCAAGAGCUACUAUGGUAUCGACCAGCAUUGAGCCCAGUUGGAACUGCCAACUCAUCAUACACAUCGCCGAGCUUUAGUUGGGCUUCCAUCACUGGAGAAGUCGACUACUUGUGUUUCAGAAACGGAAAAUACCCCUACGAAAAGACUUCCCAGGUCCUUGAGCUCACUUCAUCUACUGGCCCCGGCGCACCUCUAGGAAGAGUGAGCAGCAGCAAGCUCGUUAUCCGAGGGCCAUUGGCCAUGGGCUAUGUCGAGCGACAGCCGCAACACUCAAUAUCGAUACGCAUGGGAAAGAAACUCCUGUGGUUCUGCGUAAACCUGGGAAGCGUGCUGAUGUGGUUUCACCCAGACACUGCACUAUCCAAGACUGUGACUGUUUCGGAUGGCGUACCGGAGACUUCAUCAUGCAGAUGGUCCCGUGCACAUAACGGGGGAGAUCUGCUAGAGGAGUUGGAGAGCCUAGACCAAAAGCAGCCUAUCGGGCAUGCACACCACCAUCUAACCGACAGCAGGGAGGGGGAUUCAGGGAUUCGCUGUUGGGUAAUGAGACUUGGAGGGUACCAUUUACGAGAUGGAGAAAUGGAUUAUGAAUAUCUUGUGCUGGGUAGAUCGCCGUCGCAGCCAGAAUUUUUUGAGAGACUUGGAUUAGGGAUGAUGAUGAGUGACGAUGAUGCGGCGGACAAGAUAUUUGCGCAGGAAAAGGCGGCGACUAUAACGAUAGUGUAG